UGUCAAUUUGGAUUGAAUACUGACCUUGCAUGAGUUGUACCGAUAAAUUUUCUUGCACGAUCUAAUACGAGUUUCACGAUCGCAUCGCAAUAAUUGACCGUUCAGGAUACUUUCAGAACAGACCAUUUGCCGCGGCAUACUAUGUGAUCGCAUCCCUAAUUGCGUUUGAGUGGAAUUCAAAUAAAUAAUUAAGGAUAACACAACGGAAAAAGACCAGGAAAUGCAAUAUGGAAAAAAAUAUAAAAAAGUUAACCAAGGAGAAGAAAAUAUGAAGAAGAAAGACAAUUCACUUUUUAGUUUACUGAUGAGGAUUGUUAAGUUUUUAUUAUUACAGAUAAAGGCAUACUGCACGAAGUCCAAAGUUUCCGAAAUUUCCAAAGUUUCCAAAGCAACACAGACGUUUGAAGCAACGUUAUGUGCCGAAGAACAAUAUUAUGAACAAGAAUUCGAAGCAACGUAUUCGUCUAUAGACAACGAGUGGUUACAACUCCAGGAAGAACAGACUGUACAAUAUCAAGAUAAUCUGGUAGAAGAUGAUUUUAUAGAAGAUUAUGAAUUUUGGAAUUUUUCUUUUUCAAAUGAGGACACGGACAUUAUUUUUAAUAAAAAGAGAAAGCCCGCAAGAAAAAGACAAAGGGUAAACUUAUUUUGCUGCUCUCCUCAGCUGAGUACAGAAUAGAGAUUCAAAGAAUUAUUAUUAAUUUAUUGUUUUUAAUUUAUUGUUUUGUUUUUUAUAAAAAGUAAUAAAACUCAUCAAGCAUUU